GUAGAAAGAAAGCAGAAAAACACUCGAGAGAAGAAGAAGAAGAAGAGAGAAGAGAGUUUUUGGUUCACUUGGAUUGGUUUUAAAGUUUUAGAUCAUUACCAAAUCAUAAAUCAUGCACACCCCAGUUCUCGUUCUAAAGGAUUCAUUGAAGCGGGAGUCUGGGACCAAGGUUCACCAUGCUAAUAUCCAAGCCUCUAAGGCCGUUGCUGACAUUAUUCGAACAACCUUGGGUCCUCGAUCCAUGUUGAAAAUGCUCCUUGAUGCUGCUGGAGGUAUUGUUGUUACCAAUGAUGGAAACUCAAUUCUACGUGAGUUAGAUCUUGCACAUCCUGCUGCAAAGUCUAUGAUUGAAUUAAGCCGGACACAAGAUGAAGAAGUUGGAGAUGGAACAACAUCCGUCAUUGUUCUUGCUGGUGAGAUGCUUCACGUUGCAGAAGCCUUUAUCGAAAAAAAUUAUCAUCCAACAGUAAUUUGUCGAGCGUACAAUAAGGCAUUGGAGGAUGCUAUUGCUGUGCUUGACAAGAUUGCAAUGUCUAUUGAUGUGAAAGACCGUUCAACAGUGUUAGGGCUUGUGAAGAGCUGUAUAGGGACAAAAUUCACUAGCCAAUUCGGCGAUCUUAUUGCUGAUUUGGCAAUUGAUGCAACUACAACUGUUGGAGUUGACCUUGGCCAAGGGCUGAGAGAAGUUGAUAUUAAAAAGUACAUUAAAGUAGAGAAAGUACCUGGUGGACAAUUGGAAGAUUCUAAGGUCCUCAAGGGAGUGAUGAUCAAUAAAGAUGUAGUUGCACCUGGGAAAAUGAAAAGAAAGAUAGUCAAUCCACGUAUUAUUCUUCUUGAUUGUCCCCUCGAGUAUAAGAAAGGAGAGAACCAAACAAAUGCAGAGUUGGUUAGGGAAGAAGAUUGGGAAGUCCUGUUGAAAAUGGAAGAAGAAUACAUUGAGAACCUUUGCAUGCAGAUUCUGAAAUUCAAACCAGACCUGGUGAUUACAGAAAAAGGGCUUAGUGAUUUGGCAUGCCAUUAUCUGUGUAAGGCUGGUGUAAGUGCAAUUAGGAGGGUGAGAAAGACAGACAACAAUAGAAUCGCAAAGGCAUCUGGAGCUGUUAUUGUGAAUCGCCCUGAUGAAUUGCAGGACUCUGAUGUUGGUACUGGAGCAGGGUUGUUUGAGGUUAAAAAAAUUGGGGAUGAGUUCUUUGCAUUCAUUGUUGAUUGCAAAGAUCCAAAAGCCUGUACAGUUCUUCUAAGAGGUGCUAGUAAGGAUCUCCUGAAUGAGGUGGAAAGAAAUUUGCAGGAUGCCAUGUCUGUGGCAAGAAACAUCAUCAAGAAUCCAAAACUUGUUCCUGGUGGUGGUGCAACAGAAUUAACAGUGUCUGCUACUUUGAAACAGAAGAGUUCAUCUGUUGAAGGCAUAGAAAAGUGGCCAUAUGAAGCUGCUGCAAUUGCUUUUGAAGCAAUACCACGUACUUUGGCACAGAAUUGUGGAGUUAAUGUGAUUCGAACCAUGACUGCUCUUCAAGGGAAGCAUGCAAAUGGUGAAAAUGCAUGGACUGGCAUAGAUGGGAACACUGGUGCUAUAGCUGACAUGAAAGAGAGCAAGAUAUGGGAUGCAUACAAUGUAAAGGCACAAACUUUCAAGACUGCCAUAGAAGCGGCUUGCAUGCUUCUAAGGAUCGAUGACAUAGUAAGCGGGAUUAAGAAGAAGCAGGCUCCUGGAGCCGGACAAGCUCCAAAACCCAAGGUUGAGACCGAAGCAGAUGCAGAUGGUGAGCAAAUUUUACCCGACUAAUUUUUUGAUGCAACUGGUAUUUCCAGAUAGAAAGUGAUGAUUAUGGACUGUAGGGGAUUUUGUUGUGAGCAUUCUAUUUGCUGUGAUGUUCUAAUCUGUGUUUUGUACUUUAUAUUGUUGGAUUAAAUAUCAGCUGUUACCAAGUUUUAAAGUGUUUUCGUAACACAACCAUCUUGUUG